AUUUUGUCUAUUAAAUAUGACCUCGUUACCGUCACCCCAGUACCCAGCAUCAAGCUCAGCAUGUAGGAUAUUACCUGGGGAUGGGGGUCAGGUGAGUUUCUUCACAUCACCAUAAGCCAAAGGCAUGUGGACCUAAGGCACAAUAACCACAACCUUAGUUAGGAGAAGGUAUCUUUAUUUCUGCUACAGCUAAUGCAGGUCAUGUCUCUGUUUGUGGCAGGUGCAGUCCCAAAGCCCCUCUCCUGCAGAUUCUGCGUGUGGCCGGAGCCCAGGAGGACAUCUUCACCCUCAAGGAGGUAAGCUGACACUGUUGACAUGGUAACAGCCCAAUCAGAUAGAUGUAGACAUAUUGCGCUUAUCAAUACUUAAUAAAGAGCUAUAUAGCAAACUAUAUAUUUAAUGUGUGUGUCAGGUGAUGCACUACCUUGGCCAGUACAUCAUGGGGAAGCAACUGUAUGAUAAACAGAGACAGUACAUAGUGCACUGUCAGGACGACCCACUGGGAGAACUGCUGGAGGUCGAGAGCUUCUCAGUCAAAAACCCCAGGUGAGCACACACACAAACGCUCUGUACACAUUACGCUUACGCUGUACACUUAACACUUCAGCUGGAGUCUACCAUCACACAUUCACAUUUUAAUCAAAAUUGUCCUCUGGUUUGCAGUCCAGUCUACGAGAUGCUGAAGAAGUAUUUAGUUGUGCAGAAUUGUGCGGGUAAGUGAUGCCUCCGGUGCUACUUGGGAGAUGUCCCUUGGAAAAUACAUUUUAUUGCAUUGAAUGAACCUGGCUCAACUAGGUGGAAAAUAUUAGGCUAUGCUAAUGCAAUGCUGCUUUGUCUGUAUGCAGCCAAAAGUUCUGGAUUGAGUGUGGGGAGGACUGUAAUGAUUGUUGACAUGACAACCAUUUACAUCUUUCUCUUCUAUUUUUCCUCUGGUGCACAGUCAAAACAGAUAAUUUUACAUUCUUUGAUAGGUUUUGAUUCAUUUGGGCCUUUAUGAAUGUUGAAGCUGUAAAAAUUAGUGUUUUGGUACCAACCAGAUAAGAAUCUGUCUCUAUUUUAUUAAGUCUUUCUUUCUUUGAUCUACUCCAUAAAUUCUGGUUGGAGGUAAAAGGUGUGCAUGUGUAAACCUGGAUCUCUUGACGUGUGUGUGGAGGUGUUUAACUCCUCAUUUGCCCUGCAGAAUUAUUUGAAGAAUCUAGAGCUACAGUGUACAUAUUGUGUUGAAUGGUUUGUCAGCGUUGUGUCAGCCUUUGUGUGUGUUGAGUGUGGUAAUUAAUGGGCAGGGUGUGUUACUGUAUCUCAUUCUGAAACACAGACGCUGCAGAGGGUCUUUCUGUGGGCCUUGAGUGUGUAGAGGGCGGAGUGGAGGACCGCGGUCAGGUAAAGCUGAAGCAUGGUGCUCCGGAGAAACAGGGAUGCUCAAGCUCACCACACACAACCCCUCAGGGUAGCUCAAUCAGUCUACUCACAGAGCCCAAUGAAUCACUGCAGAUCUUCAGCUCAGUUUUAUCAAAAGUUCAGUCUAAAUUUAAUGAGCCAUGCACUCAGCUUCACUGUUUUGAGAUAUCAAUUGAUCUGGCCAACUGAUUUUGUAGUCAUUAACCAUGCUAUCAAAGUUGGAAUCCAACCAACUGGUUUUGAAAUUAUUAAAUGAGUAACUGCAUUGGGAAUGUAGAGCAGUUGUGUGUUGGGAGGGGAGGGCCGCUGUCUCCGCUGGUGUUUAUGUGUACAGAGUGGCACCGUCUCUGUACAUCCCCAUCUCUGGCCUGGCCUGGUGGAGCUCCAACACACCACACUGCCGGACCCACCAGCACCACUCAGAGCAUGGGGGGCAGAGUCACUGUCUCUGUCUGUCUCAGUUCUCUUCUCUGCCCUGAACCUGCUGGAGGAACACAGCUCCUGAUCCGGUCACGGGCCUCACACCCACUCCCCCAUCUACCCCUUCCCCUCUCUACCCACCCCACACCUGCCCCUUCCCACACCUACCCCUUCAUGCAAAAUCUGCCCCCCCUCUCUUCUGCCCAAACUGCAAACCCCACUUCCCUGACUCCCCAACACCCGAACUGCCCUUCUCCCCUUACAUCAACACCCCAAUUGUCCCUUACCCCCACACCCUGACUGCCCCUCUCCCACACUGUAAAUGUUCUCUCCUUCCUCCAUGUUGAACCCACCUUGUUUUCACUCAACAUUAGUCACCAUUAGGCCAAUAGUGGAUAUUGGGAGUUUAUAGUGAGAUGUGACUAGAGAGAAUAAUAAAUGUUGAUCAUAUGGAUACUGAUCAUUAGGUUUGUAAUUAUCUGACUGCAUCUUUUGUUGAGAAAGGGCAUGCAGAAAUCACUGACUGAUAUUAUACAUUAAAAAUAUCAAUUCCCUCAGUCUUUCUUUCUAUUUGUCAAUUGCAAUAAACAAUGUGGAAGGAUUGGCUCCUCUUCAACAAGAAAUGCAUGCAGACCAAUUAAAGGUGUAGUCACUUGUCAUUUAAUCACUGCAUCAUGUUGAAUAGUAUUCCAGCUUGUAUGUGAUCAUGGAUUCAGAUUCAGAAGAGUGAAUGCUGCGUCUGUGGUGUGGUCUGUCCAUACUUAUGCUUGUCCGGUUCAUACACAGACAACGUUAUAAUUCCAGAAUCAUUUAGACAGUUAGUUGUCACUCUAUUAUGUCUCCUUUCAUUUUCACCCUUUCUCUGAAUGUGUGUGGCUCUGUUGUCCUGUCUCUCUCUCUCUCUGUCUGUCUGUAUGUGGCUGUCCACUGCUCCAGCCCCUACUCUCCCAGUACCCAUGGCCCUGCUCCACUGUCCUUCCCUUCACCCACCCACUCCAAUCUGCCCCCACCCUCACCCUGACCACCAGGCCGUGCUGUGAGGGAGCUGUGGUUCCACCAAGUGCCCAGUUUUUGUUCUGUUAUCUGAUUGGCUCUCGUCCUCCCCUCCUACUUGUGUAGGUGUGUGGGGGUCUGGCCAAGGCAGGCCUGGGAGUGGCCAGUGACGGGGCCUUCCCCCUGCAGACCCUGUCUCAGAGACGACCCCGGGAGCCAGACGAAGGUACACACAUGGCUACAACUGAUAUGUUAUUUAGUCCUAACCCCCUUUGGCACCUCCAUCAGACACUUUAGAUGGCUUGCCCCGGUCAGCCUGCAAACGGCCCAAGCUCGACGUCACCCUGGACGAGUGGGACCUCUCGGGGCUGCCCUGGUGGUUUCUGGGUAAUCUGCGUAACAACUAAAGUCGCAGGAGCAACGGCUCUACAGACAUCCACACUAAUCAAGUAAGAACACAGAGUUAAUGCCGUUUACUCUAGUCAGUUUAUUUUCUUGUCGAGAGGCUAAAGUCAGGUAGCAUAGUCGCACAGUGAUGAGGUCAAAUCAAAUUUUAUUUGCCAAAUGUACCGAAUACAACAGGUGUAGACAUUACAGUGAAAUGCUGAUUUACAAGCCCUUAACCAACAAUGUAGUUAAAAAAAAAAGAAAAAGUGUUAAGUAAAAAAAAAAAAAAAGCAAAUAACUAAAGAGCAGCAGUAAAAUAACAGUAGGGAGGUUAUAUACAGGGGGUACCGGUACAGAGUCAAUGUGCGGGGGCACCGGCUAGUAAUUGAGGUAAUAUGUACAUGUGGAUAGAGUUAAAGUGACUAUGCAUAAAUAAUAAACUGAGUAGCCCCCUUGUAUAUAGUCCGGGUAGCCAUGAUUAGCUGAUCAGGAGUCUUAUGGCUUGGGGGUAGAAGCUGUUGAGAAGCCUUUUGGACCUAGCAGAAACAUUAUGUACAGAAUAAAUUACAAAUAACGCGAAAAAACACAGAUAAUAGUACAGUUGGUUAGAGGGCUGUAAAACGGCAGCCAUCUUCUCCGGCGCCACUUGAUGUAUUAUCCUGACUGAGGGAUCAGCUGAAGCUCGCAUCCGUUACAAGACCAUGGUGCUUGCCUUUGGAGCAGCGAGGGGAACGGCACCUCUGUACCUUCGGGCUCUGAUCAGUCCCUACACCCAAACGAGGGCAUUGCGUUCAUCCACCUCUGGCCUGCUGGCUCCCCUUCCUCUGCGGAAGCAUAGUUCCCGCUCAGCCCAGUCAAAACUGUUCGCUGCUCUGGCACCCCAAUGGUGGAACAAGCUCCCUCACGACGCCAGGACAGCGGAGUCACUCACCACCUUCCGGAGACAUUUGAAACCCCACCUCUUUACGGAAUACCUGGGAUAGGAUAAAGUAAUCCUUCUACCCCCCCACACACACAGCGGAGUCACUCACCACCUUCCGGAGACAUUUGAAACCCCACCUCUUUAAGGAAUACCUGGGAUAGGAUAAAGUCAUCCUUCUACCCCCCCCCCCCCCCCCAAAAAUUGUAAAGUGGUUAUCCCACUGGCUAUAGGGUGAAUGCAUCAAUUUGUGAGUCGCUCUGGACAAGAGCGUCUGCUAAAUGACGUAAAUGUGCCCUUGAGCAAGGCACUUAACCCUAAUUGCUCCUGUAAGUCGCUCUGGAUAAGAGCGUCUGCUAAAUGACUAAAAUGUAAAUGUCCUGCGCAGGAUGAGGACACAGCCAUCGUGUCGGACACAACGGAUGACCUAUGGUUCCUGACAGAGGGAGGGAGUGAACAGGUGAGCGUGGAAAUAGAGGCUGUGCUGGACGAAGGGAUCGGAGGAGAGGGAGAACCACCCGAAGAGGAGGAGGGAGGAAAAGAGAAGGCCGAUAAGGAGGUAGGACUGUGCUCUCCUGUAGUCCCUAUGUUGAGUGGUAAAUUAAUGAUAAUGAUCUUUUCUCUUUAUAGCUAUAGAGUAGAAUUUCAGACUAUGACUGAUGAGUGUCUUUCUGUCUCAUCUCCUCAGAUGCAGGAGGAGCCAGAUGAGGACUCGCAGUGUCUAAGUGACGAUACGGAUAUAGAGAUCUCUACACAGGUCUGUCUCUCCAUCUUUUGUCUGUCUCUCUUUUCUCUCCUUUGUCUCUCUCUGUCUCUGCCUCUCUCUCUGCAUCUCUCUCUUUCUGCCUCUCCCUGUCUCUGCCUCUCUGACUGUCUGUCUCUCUCUGUCUUACAUGACACUGAUAGUUCCUGAUAUCUACCUCUUGUCUCUAACACAUUCUCUAACCCUCCUCAGGAUGCAUGGCAGUGUACAGAGUGCAGGAAGUACAACUCUCCUCUCCAGCGCUACUGCGUACGCUGCUGGGCUCUACGCAAGAACUGGUACAAAGACGUCCCGCAGUUGGUCCACUCACUCUCCGUCCCCGACAUCCCAGCAUGCAGUUCUCUAGCCCUGCACGACGAUGAGGAGGACACCGACACGGGCAUCGAUGUCCCAGACUGCCUCAGGACCGUGUCCGACCCCGUCAUCCUGCCCUCCCACUCCACCCCCGACUGCCCGCUGCCCCCCGGGGCUCCAGGGAAGGGCAAGGGUCCCAGGCCGCGCGGCCUGCCCAGGAAGGAACGACUCUCUGGGGGAGAGAGUCAGGAAAGCUUGGGGAUGGAGGUGGAGGUUAGGCCCGAGGCUCUGUUGGAGCCCUGUAAGCUGUGUCGGAUGCGUCCACGUAACGGGAGUAUUAUACACGGCCGCACGGCUCACCUGCUAACCUGCUUCUCCUGCGCCAAGAGGCUGCACAAGUUCCACGCUCCCUGUCCUGGCUGUGGACAGAUCAUACAGAAGGUUAUAAAGACAUUCGUAGCAUGAGAGGAUUAGAACAUAGAUGUAACGUACAAGGUUAUUUACACCUGGAGAAAGACAUGUACACACCACACUAGCACACGUUUAGUUGGUGUUAAUACAUGCAUACUGUAUACACACACACACACACACACACACACACACACACACACACAGUCAGUUCCACACAGCCGCGUGCCUCAACCCACUCAUACACCCCCAGAGAGACACAGUGUAGCACCUAGUAGAGCAUGUUCCUCUUUGCUGUCUGUUGUAUUGUGUUUGCAUCACACUGCCUCUGAGCUAUGGAGCUAGUAAUGGAAGGUCCAAACCCAGCAACUUAUUCCUUGAAGUAUCAAACCAUAUAGUUUUCUCUGUGCCACAUUUCACGAGUUAUUUGCUACUAAAUGUAAGAUCCUAUGUAUUUAUUUAUUUGAGGGCCAAGCAGCACUGUACAUAUGAAAACGCCGCUGUCAUUGAAGUUCAUUUCGAAAGACAGCGAUUUGUGCGACUCAAGUCUUUGUUUCCGACAGAAGACCAGUGGACACUUGUUUCCUAUUGGCCACUGUUGUAAGUGUCCAGGAAAUGCUCUCUGCCAGUUGUCAGGCCGCUGACAUGUUUGCUGCCAUACGCCAUGUUGUAUUCCUUAAAGAGCUGCAUUCUCUCUCACUAGGUUGUGAUGGUAAGCUAGCUACACGUUGGCUGACUACAGCUCCUCAAGUCAGCGCAGGUAUGGCAUUUUCACUGCCGUGUGUUCAUGGAGCCUCAGAGCCUCUAUGCUAUGGUGGUCCUUCUGUUAGUUAUUCCUUUGUUUUCCUUCUAUCCUUUAUCUGCAGUGUUCUGUCUGUGCUCUUUCUGCUGAGAGUGCUUGUAGAGUUUUGUUUAAGGAUAGCGUUUCACUGCCAAACGUAAUUAAUGUAAUGUUUUUGCUUGUAUGUUAUGUACAGGUUUUUUUGGGUUUUUCUUUUUGUUAUGGACAUGCUGUCUCUGCAGUGUUCUGUCUGCUCUUGAAAAGCUAAGACAAGGGGAUCUAAAGGAGAUGUUUGAUAUGUGCUUAACAUUUUUUCUGCAUUAUUGAUCAUGUUUUGGUUGCGAGGCCUAUUUUUAAGACAAGUCAAUAAGAAACGUCUCCUUUUAAUCUCCUUGUCAGUGUUUUUCAAUAAUAUACGUACCCCCAGGGGAGAAGUCUUUACCCUGCAGCGCUGAUCUCAAUACUUUGUGUUAUUACUGUCCUUGUACUCACAAUGCAAGUCAAUGUACUGGACAGAACUUUUGCCUCUCUGUUCAAAGGCUAGUUGGUAAAAAGUAGUUGAUAUUAACGAUAAUAACCAGUCUGAAAUAUAGCUCAAGAGGUAUGUCUAGAGCCCACAAUGUGGAGUUUGGGCAAAUUAACCCUUUUCAAUAAGGAAUACCUUGGUACACAGGCUAUCAUAUUUCCUUUCCAGAUGAGUAAUUAA